UUCUCCAGGCCUCCCAGACUGAGACAGCUGUCCAUGGACAAUUCUGAAGACGACCCGACCAUAUUCAGUACCCACUGUCUGCCCAGUGACCCCAGGUUCUGGGCCACUGUCACCAACUCAUACCUGGGUACACGUGUGUAUCAUGACACCAUACAUGUAAACGGUGUGUACAAUGGAGCUGGAGGGCACACUCACCGGGCAGUUCUGCCCAGCCCCCUCAAUGUCCAGCUGGAGGCCCCUGCAGGAACAGAACAGCUGACUGAGACCUUUGCCCUGGAUACUAACACAGGCUCCUUCCUGCACACCCUGGAAGGCCCCAGCUUCCGGGCUUCCCAGUGCAUCUAUGCUCACCGUGUGUUGCCCCACGUCCUGGCCUUCAGCGUGUCCAUUGCACGCUUAGCUGCAGAGAACAAGCCCAUCACAGUGCUGCUACAGUCGUCCUUCUCCCCAGAAAGCCCAGACCUGGACCUACAUGAGGGGCCUGACUUCCAGGGAGCCCGGUACCUACAUGGCCACACACUCACCCCUGAGCAGCCAGGAGAGCCUCGACUGGAAGUACACAUGCUGUGGAUGCCAGUUCCCCCAGCCUUGACCCUUGGGGAAGAGGAGCAGGACAGGACCUGGGACUUUCUGACGGUGGUUGGUGGCAGCCAGGCGGAGGCCCAGGGCUGCUUUGCUGAGGCCCUGCAGCUGCAGACUCAGGGUGUUCUGUAUACAGCCCAUGCAGACACUUGGGCCCAGCUCUGGGCAGGCUGUGGCCUGGAUGUGGCUGGGCCCCUGGCCCUGCGCCAGGCCCUCCGUGGUUCUCUCUACUACCUGCUCAGUGAGCUUCCCCAGCCUGGCACCCAAGGAUCAGUCAGCCAUGGGCUCAGCCCCGGAGGCCUCUCUAAUGGGAGUCAGGAAGAGUGCUACUGGGGCCAUAUCUUCUGGGAUCAGGACCUCUGGAUGUUCCCAAAUAUCCUGAUGUUCCACCCAGAGGCUGCCAGGGCCAUCCUGGAGUACCGAGUCCGUACACUGGGAGGGGCCCUGAAGAAUGCCCAGAACCUAGGCUACCAGGGAGCCAAGUUUGCUUGGGAGAGCGCAAGCACUGGCGUGGAGGUCUGCCCUGAGGACAUUUAUGGGAUCCAGGAGGUCCAUGUGAAUGGAGCCGUGGUGUUGGCCUUCCAGCUGUACUACCACUGCACUCAGGACCUGCAGCUCUUCCAAGAGGCUGGUGGCUGGGAUGUGGUCAGUGCCGUGGCUGAGUUUUGGUGCAGCCGUGUAGAAUGGAGCCCCCAGGAGAAGAUGUACCACCUGAAAGGAGUCAUGCCCCCUGAUGAGUACCACUCAGGAGUCAACAACUCUGUGUACACCAACGUCCUGGUCCAGAACAGCCUGCGCUUUGCUGCUGCAUUGGCCAAGGACCUGGGUCUGCCUGUCCCCAACCAGUGGCUGGAGGUGGCUGAUAGGAUCAAGGUGCCAUUUGACUCUGAGCAGAACUUCCAUCCUGAGUUUGACGGUUAUGAGCGUGGAGAAGAAGUGAAGCAGGCGGAUGUUGUGCUCCUGGGAUACCCAAUCCCCUUUCCCCUGCCACCGGACAUCCGAAGAAAUAAUUUGGAGAUUUAUGAGGCUGUGACAUCCGCCCAGGGCCCUGCUAUGACCUGGAGUAUGUUUGCUGUGGGCUGGAUGGAACUGAAGGACCCCUCCAGGGCCCAGGUCCUCCUGAACAGGAGUUUCAUCAAUGUCACUGAGCCCUUCAAGGUGUGGACAGAGAACGCGGAUGGGUCUGGUGCCGUGAACUUCUUGACAGGCAUGGGCGGCUUUCUUCAGACAGCACUCUUCGGAUGCACAGGAUUCAGGAUCACUGAGGCAGGUGUGACCUUUGACCCCCUGUGUCCAGACCUGGUCUCCGGAGUGUCUGUCUCUGGCAUCUCCUACCUGGGGAACAAGUUUAACUUCACCUUUGCCAAGAACUCUGUGACACUUGAGGUCACAGCCCGUGCAGAGCCCUGGGCGCCUCUGCUAGAAGCUGAGCUGUGGCCAUCCCUGGCCCGGAUCCCCUUGCCACCAGGACGUAAAGUCUCCUUUCCCCACUCAGCUGGCCGGAUACAAAAAGCAUCCCCCUAGCUGCCCAGAAAUUCCAACUCUUCAGUGUUUUGAUAUUAGAACCCCGUUCCAGGACCUCUGGGACACUUUUGGGCCCUCAGCUGCAUCCCCCACACCCCCAGUCUCUCAAUCUGGCUUAGGGGGUUCCCUCUGCACUUCCCUUCCUCCUUACUCUCCUUACCCUCUCCAGUACUGGGCUAUCUACCUAGAGCUUCAUACAUUCUUUGCUUUGGGGCUGACCCAGCCCCCUACCCUUCAGCUCCCCAUUUUGCUGUCUCCCUAGGCCUUAACUUCCUCGCUCACCUCUGGUCUCUGGAUUGCUGUGGUCAAGGCUGGGUGGGGAAUGGCCAACAGCCCUGCUGAGAAGGUGGCCAGCAGGUGGGUCAUGGAGUCAGGGGCUUAGCUGCCCCAAACAAGAGCUUCCUGUGGCAUGCAGUUGGGACCAGAUAGGGCUGGUUUGUGGCUUUGAACUUCCUAUUCUGUGACUCCUGUUGACGUCAGAUGGCAUUUAGCAUAGUGGGCUAGGGCGAGACUCCUUAACCAUGCAGCCUGUGAGAAGAAGGCCGUGCUAUCACCAGAGGACGAGGUAGAUGAACAUCAGAGACCACGGAGUUCCUGGCUGGUGACCAGAGGAACUGGAGUCGAAUGGGCAGGGUGCCAGGCCGUAGUCCUGGCCAUCUGUGCCAAGGAGCUACCGAGGCUUCACUCCUGGUCCUCAGUUCCUGGCAUGCUUUAUCAGUGUUUCCCCAGAACAAGGUGCAUAGAAUAGGGCCAGGAUCCUGGUAAAUCCUGUGCCCCUGUACCAAGCCAAGUUGGCUAAUUAAAGUCUGUGCGAGCUCCUGAA